AUGACCACCGCUGCUGGUGUGGACACCGCGCAAGAUGCGGAAGAACAUCAACUCUCGCAGCGGCUCUUCGGGAAAUGGUCGCACGAUACCGCAAACGUGAUGGAUGAGGAGGGCGACGAGGACUUGGAGCACGUCGAGGAUACCCAGCUUUUUACGCUCGACACCGCAGCGCCUGCACAGGCGCGCAGUGCACAACCCGCGAUAAAAUCCUUUGUAUGGGUCGAUGAGGACGACGAGCGGAUCUCUGUUCCGCUUGUUGGCCGUGAUGCGCGCGCGCCCGACGGCAGUGCGCGCGGCACAAAACGAUUGCGCAAACUUCGUGCGGGCCCCGACGAGCGCGUCGUUUCCGGCGCAGAGUACCAAACAAGGCUGCGGAAACAGUUUGAGCGCCUGCAUCCCCGCCCAGCAUGGGCCAUGGUUGGCCGGCAGGAUCGCACACAAGACACGGGCGCAUGGAACGCGCCGCUCUUGCGCGAUUUGCUGAGCAGCAGUACGGGCCUGGUCGGUACGCAUUCUUCUCGCGCGCAUGUGCACUCCUCGCGCCUCGAAGUAGAGCGUUUGCGCGACGCAAACGAGGCACUGGGGCGCUCAGUCGAGCCAGCAGCUAUUGAGCAUGUACAAUUCCAUCCCAGCCCACGCACGCAUGUCCUGCUCACUGCUUCCAGAGACCGUCGCACGCGCCUUUUUCAGGUCAAUGGCAAAGACAAUCCGCUGCUGGAGACGCUGCAUGUCCCGGAUAUGCCGAUCAAGACUGCGCUAUUUAACCCUGCCGGCACGUCUGUGGUCAUUGCCGGGCCGCGUCCCUACUUGUAUGCGUACGAUAUCCGCACCGGCAAAACGACCCGCUCGAGUCCCUGGCGCGGCGCCGGCAAGAUUGUAUCGAGCGCCGCUGCAACCGAGGCCGAUGCCGGCGCGGAGCGUGACCUGAGCUUUAUUUGUUUCGCCCCUGGCUCCGCCUCGAAGCUCGUCGCCAUCGGCGGGCGCCGCGGCCAGGUCCAUUUGCUGGAUUGGGGUGCAGGUGCUACGGGCCAAACGGGCGGGCAGCGGAUUGGCGAGCUGCGUAUGAAUGCGCCGCUGGCCGGCAUGGCAUGGGACCCCAAUGCAGAGGAGCGGCUGCUGACGCUGUCGAGUGAAGGACGUGUACAUAUCUGGGAUAUCCGCAGUCGAGCGUGCCCCGUCACGGCCUAUGACCCGAGCCUUUUUGGCGCAAAAGGACUCGAAAUUUCUCCAAGCGCCGCUGUGGGAACGCACUGGGCAAUUGGCUCCGCAUCGGGCGUCGUCAACGUGUACGGCGGCGAUACCGAGAAAGGGACAGGGAGCGCCGCAUUGGACACGCUCGCCGCGACGCCAGCGACUGCCUCCGUCACCGAAGAUGUGCAGCUCAGUGCGGCACGAUCGCUCGGCAAUUUGACCACUGCAGUGACCAGCAUGUGCUACAGCCACGAUGCACAAUUGCUGGCUAUCGCAAGCAGGAACAAGAAGGAUGCGCUGCGCAUGGUGCAUGUCCCGACGCUGCACACGUAUUCCAAUUGGCCCACAGCGGGCACACCUUUGGGGCACGUCACGGCAUUGAGCUUUGCCGCACAGAGCCAGUACUUGGCGCUUGGCAAUAGCCGCGGGCGAGUACUAUUGUAUGCCAUGCGGCCCUAUCUAUAG